AUGUCGUCUCUUUCUCAGCUGUCUCAGCGCUACUUGCCCGUUGCUCUCAAGCUGGCCAAGUCUCCCAAGGUGCAAGCACUCACUCUAAGCAUCGGCGUGCUCGUUGCUCUGCGUCGCCUGAACCGGGGGUUGUCUUGGCGAAGCGCCAAUAACGGCGUGACACGCAAGGAGUGGGAUGCGGAAAGCGAGAUUGUGGUGGUGACUGGCGGCAGCAGCGGCAUCGGCGCGGAUAUUGUUGGGCUCUUCGAGCAGAGAAACAUCAAAACCAUCAUCUUGGAUACCAAUGCACCUUUGAGAAAGCUAGGUCCCAGAACUGCCUUCUACGAAAUCGACCUCUGCGAUCCCGAAGCAAUCGCCACCAUUGCGGACCGUAUUCGAUCAGAACAUGGACACCCUACCGUGUUAGUUAACAAUGCCGGUAUCGCGACUGGUGACAUGAUCACUUCAGGGAGCCCUGAGAAGCUUCGCAGGCUAUUUGAUGUGAAUCUACUCGCGCCCUUCCUCCUAGUACGACAAUUUCUACCCAAGAUGGUAGCUGCGAAUCAUGGACAUAUUGUCAACGUUGCCAGUCUUGCGUCAUUCUGUACACAAGCGUCGAAUGUCAGCUACGCUGCAAGCAAGGCUGGCGUGCUCGCCUUUCACGAGGGACUUCUGCAAGAGCUGAAACACGUGUAUAAGGCACGAGCCGUUCGCGCCACUAUCGUUCAUCCUACAUGGGUCAAAACUCCCAUGGGCGAGAAGCUAAUAGCCACCGGGGAGGUCGGGGCCCAUGUCACAGCCCACGAUGUCGCCAGCGCUGUCGUGGACCAAGUCACUUCUGGAUAUGGGGGACAGCUGAUUGUGCCGCCUGCUCUGACCUGGACUUCUAUGGUCAGAGCGCUUCCGACCUGGUUGCAAGAAGACGUUCGCGAUAAAGGGACCCUGGCACUAUUGCAAGCUAUGCAGAAGAUGGGCCAAUGACUUCAAAUUUACAACGUUCGCACCCCGGAUUGUAAAAUACAAACAGCGCAAGAACUUAUCGUAAGAUGACAGAGGGACAUGAACAGCCAUCGCGAGCUCCCGAUGGUAGAGCUAUCUAGGGGCCGAAUCGAAGUAAAAAUCCUGGGAGGAGAUCAGUAUUGGCGGACGAGGAGGAGGAGAAUCUC